AGUCCGCACUCGCCACACGCGUCCGCGAUAACGUUACUCCCAGUGCUCGUGUUCAGUGCAACGUACAAAUCACAAUGAAAGCGAUAACAGCAGUGUGCGCGACCGGCGCUUCCGUGCCGGCGAUUGCCGGUGGGCGCGUGCAGCGGCACCGGGAGGGCGAAAACGCAGAGAUCCAGAUGUAUCUCUCGAAGCUGCAGGACCUGGUGCCUUUCAUGCCCAAAAAUCGAAAGAUCUCAAAGUUGGAGGUGAUCCAGCACGUCAUCGAUUACAUCUGCGACCUGCAGUCGGCGCUGGAGAACCACCCCGCCAUGGAUCAGUUCGACGCAGAGGGCGCGCUGGCCGGCGCGCCGUGCGCGGUCCGCCGCCCGCCGCAGCAGCGCCGCCCGCUCGGCCCGCGCCCGCAGCCCAACACCAUCCUCCGCAGAACACCUGCAGCUCAUGAACACCACAAUCAAACGGCGGUAGAAAAGCAAAGCCAGCAGGACAGGCCACUCUGCUAGAUUAAGAAGAUAAAUGUUAUAUGGUAAAAUUAAAUAUACCUCGUGAAGGAGGCCGCGCACGGCGACGACGCCACCGCGCGGGCGAGCCUCUCGCGAAGACAUCCUAAGUACGAUCUCGUUACGAUCAAUAUAAGUACUACGUUAAUUUAAUGUAAUUUUGUGGCAUUACGGGAGGAGACAGCAUUGCAAUGCAAUCAAUCGUUGGUGACGACCUCUGACCGAUUGUUUUGUUAAUUUCAUGUAAAAAGCUUUACUAGUUGUUAGUCCUAUGAAUGUUGAAUGGUUUGCGGAACACUUAAACCCAGUCAGGACUGCCAGUUAGAAUUAAUGCUACGAUCUUGAUGUUGUGAUUCCUACACGGAAUCUAUCAUAUAAAUAUGUUUUUAUUUGUAAAUUAAUGCUUGUAUUUCUGUUUAAUCUUCAGUCCUAGAUUCUUAGUUCUUAAACGAUGCUUCCAUUAAUAUCAAAGAUGUAAACCGAUUGAAAGUUGGUUUAUCUAAAUAAUUUUAUUUAAUUUAAAUUUUCAUGAGUGUGAUUUUGCAUGGCGAUUUUGUUGCUAUUAGGAUACGGAAUAGGUAUUGUGUUCGAGUAAGUGCUCGGCGCAAACGUUAUCAUUUAAUUUAUAAAUUGUGUCGAGCACGCCCUAUAUGUAAAUAGUGUAUGUAAUAAAUGUAAAAAUAUUAAAUUUUAGCGGAAAUUAUCAAAUUGAGACCUUUUAUGAUUUUAUUUUGAAUAUAAGGUGAAAAUGCUUUAAUUAUCUUAUAUAAUUCUUAUUAUGAUGUAUUAUAAUUUUAAAUAGACUGUUAUAGAUUUAGUUAUUGAGGGAUGAGUUAACGGCGGGGUGCCCGCCUUUUGGUACAAAUAGUUUAUUGAUGGUUGCGGUGUGCAAUUGGUUGAAGCGGCCUCCUGCCGCGGCCGGCAGCGUCGCCGGCGCGGGCCGCCGGGCCGCUGCCGGCACGGCUCGGGUCCCAUGGACAUAACCGUGCAUUUAUCGCCGCGCCUAACAAUGUUCCAUGCAGUCCGAAAUCAAUAAAUAGGUCACAAACUACUACUACUGUACAGUUUCUAAACUAUUUUCACAAUUUUUUUUCAUACUGUCAUUUAUAAUGUAAUUGAUUAAAUCUGCACUGAUUAUUUAACAUAAAAAGAAUCAAUGAAAACUGGAAUAAAAAAAGUUUUGAAUGAAA